UUUCCCCUUGAUACUUCAUUCACACCCUCCCUCCAUUUCCCCCACCCCCAGCAAACCUUGACCAUGGAUUUGGAGCCUUCCUGGACUGCCAUACCCAACCCUGGGGGCACCCUUUUUGCCCCCAAUGCCACAACACCCUGGCUGGGCCGGGAUGAGGAGCUGGCCAAGGUGGAGAUUGGCAUACUGGCUACCGUCCUGGUGCUGGCCACAGGGAGCAACCUGGCUGUGCUGCUGACCCUGGGCCAGCCAGGUCGCAAGCGCUCCCGCAUGCACCUGUUUGUGCUGCACCUGGCCCUGACUGACCUGGGUGUGGCACUCUUCCAGGUGCUGCCCCAGCUGCUCUGGGACAUCACCUACCGCUUCCAGGGUCCUGACCUCCUCUGCCGGGCUGUCAAGUACCUGCAGGUGCUGAGCAUGUUUGCCUCCACCUACAUGCUGCUGGCCAUGACAGUGGACCGAUACCUGGCCGUCUGUCAUCCCCUACGCAGCCUCCAGCAGCCCAGCCAGUCCACUUACCCACUCAUCGCGGCUCCCUGGUUGCUGGCUGCCAUCCUUAGCCUCCCUCAAGUCUUCAUAUUUUCUUUGCGGGAGGUGAUCCAGGGCACAGGGGUGCUGGACUGCUGGGCUGAUUUCCGCUUCUCCUGGGGGCCACGGGCCUACAUCACCUGGACUACUCUGGCCAUCUUUGUCCUGCCUGUGGCCAUACUUACAGCCUGCUACAGCCUCAUCUGCCAUGAGAUCUGUAAGAACCUAAAAGUCAAGACACAGGCUGGGAGGGUGGAAGCAGGGGGCUGGAGGACUUGGGACAAGCCUUCACCUUCUGCCCCAGCUGCGGCCAAGCGGGGGCUACCAUCUCGGGUCAGCAGCAUCAGCACCAUCUCUCGGGCCAAGAUCCGAACGGUGAAGAUGACCUUCAUCAUCGUGCUGGCCUACAUCGCUUGCUGGGCACCCUUCUUCAGUGUCCAGAUGUGGUCUGUGUGGGAUGAGGAUGCCCCUGAUGAAGAUUCCACCAACGUGGCCUUUACCAUCUCCAUGCUUUUGGGCAACAUCAGCAGCUGCUGCAACCCCUGGAUCUACAUGGGCUUCAAUAGCCACCUGUUACCACGCCCCCUGCGUCAUCUUGCCUGUUGUGGGGGAGCCCGGCCCCGCAUGCGUAGACAGCUCUCCAGCAGCAGUCUCUCCAGCCGCCGCACCACCCUGCUGACCCGCUCCAGCUGCCCACCCACCCUCAGCCUCAGCCUCAGUUCGAGGCCAGGGCCGGCAGAGUCACUGAAGGAUUUAGAACAGGCAGACGGGGAAGCCACCACUGAGACCAGCAUCUUUUAG